AUGGAUGAUGCUUUGAUAAAUUCUGUUUCGUACGUGAGUCCGCGGGAAUCUGCACAUUAUUUUGUGGAACUCACUGAAAGACACCUGUUGGCAUUCGAGAUGCUGAAUUCUAUGUGUCUCUUGGAGAAUUAUGAUCAUGUUUUGUUGUUUCUGGAGUGCCAGUUGGACAAAUCUCGCAAUUUGGCGGUUAUACCUUUUGAUAUCAUGUUGGUGCUUUUCACGUUAUCGACUUCAUCCGAAUAUUGCAAAGAGCCGAUGCUAAGGGCGAAUGAUCCAUACAACGUGUCUAGAGAAACAUUAAGCAGGAGAGCUUUGAAGAUUUUACAAAAGUAUCUCGCUAUUUUGAAGGAUUUUGACGCUGAACAAUACAAUUUGCAUGAUUUAGAACUGCUUCGAUGUCAAUUUUUCCUGGCAAUUGAUACGCUGACACCAAGAAAACAAAAGUGGAGUUUCGAUAGAUUCAGAAGAACAAAAUCCGAAAACGAUGUAGCAUACAGACCGAAUGCGAGCGCAGAUCCCGAGCUGGAGCCAAGUAAUACUAUCAAGAAUCCAUAUAGGUCGUAUAUUAGCUGUCUGGAGCAGACACAUACCAUACUCGGUAGUCGCUUAUUGAAUUUAAAGCUUAGCGAGCCCGGAGAAUUCAUCAACAUGAUUUUAUGGACGUUAUGCAACUCACUGCAAGAAAGCGUACCAUUGUACUUAUCAAGUCAUGAGAUUUGGAUGCCACUACUCGAAAUAAUCAUUGAUCUAUUUAAUUUUAGACAGGAUUACUUCAUACACCAUGAAAUCGCUCGAAAUAUAAGUAAAUCGUUAUUUAUUCAACGGUUAUCAGAAAGUCCAUUAGCAACUUUCUUUGAAUCUCUCAACACACGGAAUUUUGCGAAUAGAUUCUCUGAAUAUGUGUUUAUCAACUGUAACUACAGGGCACCGUCUGAAAAUUACGCAACGCCUGUUCAUCCUGUAUAUAAUGGUGAAAACACUAUAGUGGAAACAUAUAUUCACAGGUUCAAAUAUAGUGCCUUGUACAAAUCACAAAAAUCAUUAGCAUUGAGGCGGAAGUUGAUUGGAUCAUGUUUCAAACUACUAUUAAGAGUACCUGAUGGUCGUAGACUGAUCACUCCAAGAAUCAUUGCAGAUGAUGUUAUCCAGGGUAUCUCACGGACCUUGGCUUCUUUCAAUGAUAUUUUGCAGUUCAAAAAAUUUUUCAUGACUGAAAAUUUAUCGCAGGAGUCUUAUUUUAUACCUUUAUUGGCCGAGGGUACGCUUUCUGAGAUAUUCAAAGACACACAAGAAUGUGUCGUUAUUUUGACAUUAGUUGAGAGUUUGUCCGAUGGCGUUUCAUUUUGCAGCGAAGUCAUUGAUUUAGUCAGAUUAAAAUGUUUCACGUUUACCGAGCAAAGCAAGAGAAUAUCAUACGAAGAAUCAAUCUUGAUAACUGAAAAGUGUGACGUGUGCCUACUGGUGCUUUUACGAUAUCUUCUUCAUUUGGUUGAUGUCGAGACAAUAACAGGCACCACGGAAAACCUAAGAAUGUUAAGAACGAUUAAGGAAAAUGAUUCAGACAGGCGACAGUGGGUGAAAUUGCUUGAAUUAAAGAAUGAUCCACCCUUGUUGUACCCCACAGUUUCCAAAAUGUUCGACGUUCAUCGUGAAAGAAAUAUAGGCGGCUAUGUCUAG